UCAUGCCCUCCUCAUGUUUGUCAUAGCUGGAGAAACUUCUGGAAAGCCGGUGAGAAAACUGGACUGAGGGAUUCUUCUAGAGAGAGAGAGAGAGAGAGAGAGAGACAGAGAGAGGGAGAGAGAGAGACGUGACUUUGUUCAGAAGAAGAAAAAGAAGCAGAAGAAGAAGAAGCAGUGUGUGUGUGUGUGUGUGAGCGGUCAUGGAUCUGCUGUGCUACAACAGAGGCUGUGGUCAGAGGUUUGACUCUGACCAGAACGACGACGGUGCCUGUCUCUUCCACCCGGGAGUUCCCAUCUUCCACGACGCUCUGAAGGGCUGGUCCUGCUGUAAGAAGAGGACGACAGACUUCUCGGAGUUCCUCUCCAUCCAGGGUUGCACCCGUGGACGCCAUAGCAAUGAAAAACCCGAGGAGCCCCUGCGGCCGGAGGUGUCGUCAGAAAAGGGCGAGACCAAGCACGCCAACGGCAAAGAGAUCAUCUACCAGGGACCCAAAUCAGCCGAGAAACUGCAGAGAGAGAGACCCAGUUCAGAUGAGGCCAUGGUCAAGCUGGCCCAGAAGGUGUCUGCGUCGCUGGCUCAGGUGCUGGAGAAACUGGACAUCAGCAACAGAACUGAGAGGGAGAAGAAAGAGAGUCAAGUCGUUACAGUUGGGACACGAUGUAAGAAUACAGGAUGUAAAACACUUUACCAAGGCCCAGAGACAGACCUGGAAGUGUGCACUUACCAUCCUGGGGCACCUGUCUUCCAUGAGGGGUAUAAGUACUGGAACUGCUGCUGUAUAAAGACCAUCGACUUCAACGCGUUCCUCGACCAGAAGGGCUGCAGCACAGACAAACACUGCUGGAUCCCCAAGCAGAACAAGAAGAAGGUGGCAUGUCGACAUGACUGGCACCAGACGGGCAACACCGUCGUCGUGACGAUUUACGCCAAGAACGCCAACCCAGAGUUUUCCACCAUAGAGGCGAACAGCACAGUGCUCUCAUGCCACAUCCAGUUUGAGAACGACAAGGUGUUCAAGAAGGACUUCCACCUCUGGGGGGUGAUCGUUGUGAAGCAGAGCUCGGUCAACAUGGUCCCGUCCAAAGUGGAGAUCACCCUCCGCAAGGCCGACUCGGUCGCCUGGGGCAAGCUGGAGGACCCCAACUUCAAACCGGAGCCCGAGCCUGCAGACAACACCGUGGGCUCAGGGGAAAACGAGGCGCACCAACCGAACUGGGACAUCGACGACGACGACAUCAGCGAUUCGGACGACGACUGGGCCUACGACACGCCGGAGAACAAGAAGCAGACGGAGAAGAAAGAGCAGAGAGAGGUGGCGCUGGAAGAGCAGAGGAAGAAGAUCGAGGCGGAAAUGAGGAAGGCUGAGGAGGACAGGAAGAAGGCGGAGGAGCAGAGGAGGGAAGAGGAAGAGGAAGGGUUCGAAGACUUGCCCGAACUGGACAGCUAGGGUGUCGAGGAACGAUUAGCAAAAAAAAACAAAAACAAAUGUUGUCAAACUGUUAAGUGUUUUCAUGGUAAAUCUAACACUUAAGAAAUAAAAGAUCUGCUGGAUUUUAUCUAAGGAAUAAAAAUGUUUGUAACUGACAUAAAUAAAAGAAAAA